UCGGCGCCGUGGGCCAAAGGGGAAGGGCCGCUGGUUGCUGCAGGGUUGGACUGUACCUGAGCCGUGUGCUCCUGGGAAGAUCCCCCCCCCUCUCGGGUUCUGGGAAACAGCUGGCUGCAAAGAACCCCCUUCCCACAUGAUGCCCUUGUUUACCUGUGACAAGGCCAUAGCUUACUUUGCGGAAAGGUGCCCGCUGACCAUCCCCCAUGUCGGUCUUCCUCUCAGCCUGUCAGCCUGUGGGACCAAGCCGGGAGCACGAGGGGCCGCAGGUGUACCCUCACGAAGGAAGCCACAUCCCUGUGUGACCCAGCUGUGAGCCCGUGGAGUCCUUGGCCCUGAUCCGAUAUCCGGCUGGUGUAAGUGACCUGGUUCAUGAGCGGUGGAGAAAUUGAAAGUGGCUGAUUUUGGAGUAGAGAGCCAGCACCCCAGGCCAUUUCCCAUUCCCUGUCCUGCCUAGAAGUGAGUGGCGUUUUAUUCUGUAGUACCUGUGCCAGUGGUUUCAUCUAAGUGCCCCCAGGAAAAGGUGCUGCAGGAGCAUCAGGACAGAGCAGAGCAGAUUUCCCAGGAACGGGGGAGAAUGAUCAAGUCACAGAUAUCAUUUGAGGAUGUGGCUGUGGACUUCACGUUGGAGGAGUGGCAGCUGCUCAGUCCUACUCAGAAGACCCUGCACAGGGAUGUGAUGUUGGAGAACUAUAGCAAUCUAGUUUUCUUGGGUUAUCAAAUGAUCAAACCUGAGGCGAUUUUCAAACUGGAGCAAGAAGAACCAUGGAUAUUAGGUGAAGAAAUCCUAAGUCAGAACUUUCCAGAAGAAGUCUGGCUAUAUAAUAAUCUCAAAAUGUGGCACCAGGAUAAUCAAGACAAGCUUAAAAGUGUGGAGAGAGGCCAUGAAUAUGACGUCUUUGGGAAAAUGUUUCAUUCAGGCAUUAACUUUGAUCAUUUAGGAAUGAGAUCCCAUAAAUGUGGCACAGGUGAAAAAAGUUUGAAACAUCCUUUUGAUUUUCUUAUUCCAAAAAGUAACUGUGAAAGAAAAAAACUUGAUGAGCUUAAUAAGAAAUUAUUAUUCUGUAUCAAGCCUGACAAAACCUGUGGUGGAAUAAAAUACUCUGAUUGCAGUAAAUGUAGAAAAGUCAGCAGUAAAGAGCCAGGGCUCAUUACAAACCAAAUAGCACAUACAGGAGUCUGUUUAUGCAUGGAAUGUGGUAAGGUUUUUAACAAAAAGUCACAGCUCAUUAUACAUCAGAGAACUCAUACAGGAGAGAAGCCCUACAGAUGCCGUGACUGUGGAAAAGCCUUCUCCCAGAAGUCAUUACUCACUAUUCAUCAAAGGACUCAUUCAGGAGAAAAGCCAUACGGGUGUGGUGAAUGUCAAAAAGCUUUCAGCAGGAAGUCACUGCUCGUUUUACAUCAGAGAACUCAUACGGGAGAGAAGCCCUAUGGCUGCAGUGACUGUGGGAAGUCCUUUAGCAGGAAGUCACAGCUUCAAAGACAUCAGAGAACCCACACAGUAGAGAAGCCCUAUGGCUGCAGUGACUGUGGGAAGGCCUUCUCCCAGAAAAUAAGGCUCAUUACUCAUCAGAGGACACACACAGGGGAGAAGCCCUACAAAUGUAAUGAUUGCGGAAAAGCCUUCUUUUGGAAGUCACAGCUUAUUACUCAUCAGAGGGUUCAUACAGGGAAGAAACCAUAUGCAUGUAGUGAGUGUAAAAAAGCCUUCAGCAGGAACUCACUCCUCAUUAGGCAUCAGAGGAUCCACACAGGAGAGAGGCCCUAUGAAUGCAGUGAAUGUGGUGAAGCCUUCAUCAGAAAACCGCAACUUGUCAAACAUCAAAUGACUCACACAGGAGAGAAGAACUAUCAGUGCAGGAACUGUGAAGAAGCCUUCUUUAAGAAGUCAGAACUAAUUAGACAUCAGAAAGCUCAUUUAGGAGAAAAACCCUAUGGAUGUGUUGAAUGUGGAAAAACCUUCUUUGGGAAGUCACAGCUCCUGACACAUCAGAGAACUCACACCGGAGAGAAACCUUACGAAUGUGGUGCCUGUGGGAAAGCCUUCACCCAAAAGUCCAGCCUGGUAUCUCAUCAGAGGACACACACAGGGGAGAAACCCUAUGAGUGCAGCGAGUGUGGGAAAGCCUUCAGUGAGAAGUCAAGCCUCAUUCACCAUCAGAGAACCCACACUGGAGAGAAACCCUUCGAAUGUAGUGAGUGUAGGAAAGCUUUUGCCUGGAAGCCACAGCUUCUUAGGCAUCAGAGAAUUCAUACAGGGGAGAAACCCUAUGAAUGCAGUGAGUGUGGGAAGGCAUUUGUUCAGAAAGUACAGCUCAUUAAGCAUCAGAGAAAUCAUACAGGAGAGAAGACCUAUGGAUGCAGUGAUUGUACAAAAGCUUUCUUUGAGAAGGCGCAGCUCAUUAUACAUCAGAGGAUUCAUACAGGAGAGAGACCCUAUAAAUGUGGGGAAUGUGGGAAAUCUUUCACUAGAAAGUCGCACCUUAUGAGGCAUCAGAGGAUUCAUACAGGAGAUAAAUGCUAUAGAUGCAGUGAAUGUGGGACAGCCUUCCACAGGAAGGCACAGCUCCUGAUACAUCAGAGAAGUCAUAUGCUGUAGACACGGGGCGAGUGCGGUGAGUAUGGGGAGUCUGCCAUCAGGUGUCAGACCCCUCACACUCUGAGGACACGUACAGGAGAGAAACCCUGUCACUGCAGUGGCUGUCUCACCAUACAGAAUUCAGAAAGAACUUUUUUUUAAGUAGGCAAUAUAGGAAAACCUUCUCCCAGAAAACAAGACUUAUUACAACAAUAUUGAUGGCUCCUCAAUGUGGAAGUCUUCUCAGUAUUGUGAUAAGUACAGACCUUUCAGUCAAAAGUGACAGCCUAUUAAAUAUUUAGAAGACCUAAACAGGAGAAAAACUCAAUUGUCAUAACAAGUAAGUGAAAGAUUUCACCGGGAAAGGGUAACUCAGAGUACACUAGAGUAUACAUGCACAAAGGAAAUACUGAGUAUUAUAUAUAUUAGAGAUCUCAUGCAGAGGAGUAGUCCUAAUAAUUUGAAGAAUUUGAUAAACAUGAUCCUAUUAAAAUAAUUCUAAAAGGAAGAUAUGUUCAUUGUAUAUAAAUUAUUAUGAGAAAAUAGGCAUUUUAAAGUGGUAGCUGUGUUUUAUGUGUGAAGACUUCUGCUUUCUGCUAUGGUGCUAUAGGAAGAACCAGAUAAACUCUCCUGCCUUAAGCAGCUAGAAACCGUACCAUUUAUGAAAUAGUGGUUUUUAGACAUAUGUCAAACACAGGUUUGUGAUCCCUGGCGGGAGGUGGACAAGGUGAGGAGAGCCCCACGACUGCCCAGCCUAGACCCUGGGGGCAGCGUCCAGGCUGCAGGUCAGGGAGGGGAAUGAAUGUGGUCCUGCUGGACUGAAGAGAGUUGCCGAGUUGGCGUCUGGGGAGCCCUGGUGGCUAGAAUUUGCAGGGAAAAGCUUCUGGAAGAAGCUUCCCAGGGAGGGCCUGCAGAAAUCCGCAGUGAGUCCCCCCUUGAGUCUGUGGGCUUUAGUGCUGAUUCACACGUGUGUGGAAGGAAGCUGAGACCAUGAGAGCGGCACUGGGGAGCAGUGAGCUGGGCAAGCCCUGGAGCUCAGCGCAGGCGGGGAUGGUUCACGUUCCCACCAGCCACACGAAAGCACGUGGGCAUCAAGAGAGUUCCCAGAACAGUAUUGUCUUGGUGGGGAGGGUAACUAACCCUAGAUUAAAAGCUACUCUGGAUCCACAGUGACUGGCGUCCAAACACUUAACCUGGCAUGCCAAGGGGCAGGAACAUAUGACUUGUAACCAGGAGGAAAAUCAGGCAGUAGAAAGAGAAAAGACUGAAGUGAUUGGAAUUAGUAGACAAGGAUGUUCAAAUAGCUAUUGUAAGUAUAAAGUAGAGGAAAACAUGAAUUUGACGAAACAUAAAGUGGAAGAUAUAUUUUUAAAAGCUCAAAUGGAACUUCUCAGGAUGAAAACAACAUCUGUAAAUUAAAAACAAAAAACUGGAUGGAAUUAAGAACAUAUUAGACAUAGAAGAAGGAAAACAAUCAAUGAAUUUGAACAGUAAGUAUAAAAAUUAUCCAGAUGAAUGAUACACACAGAGAGGAAAAGACUGGGGGGAAAGGAGAACAGGGAAUUAGUUACUGUGGCGUAACAUACAUGGAAUGGGAGGUCCAGAAAGAGAGGAGGGAGAAAAAGGAUUUGGAUAACGAUGGCUGAAAAAUAUCCACAUGUGAUGAAAAGUAUAACGCCACAUAUUCAAUAAGCUCAAAGAACCCAACACGUAAGAAACAUAAAGAUACCAAUGGACAUCAUCGUCAAAUUGGUGAAAACCAGUGUUAAAGAGAACGACUGUAAAACGCCUGGAGGAAAAGACACAACACGUUCACAGAACAAAGAAUAACAACAUACUUCUGGUCAGGAACUAUGCAAACUAGAAGACAGCAGAGUGACAUCAUUAAAUUAUGAAAGAUAAAAAAGAAACCCCUGCAACCUGGAGUUCGGUUGCCUGUCAAAAACAUCUUUCAAAAGUGAAAGCAAAAAAGACUUCAAAGAAGCAAAAUCAGAGAGAGUUCCUGCCUUAAGGAAACAUUGAAGGAAGUUUGGGGGCAGCAAGAAAAGAACACUCUGGAAAUGGUGAAUGUGUGGGUGAAUAUGAAAGAUUUUUUUUCUCAUUUUAAAAUCUUUCAAAAAGGUAAUGGACUGCUUAAAACCGAAGUAAUGACAACAUACUUGGGGUUAUGAUCUAUUUAGAAGUAAAGUGUACGACUACGAUAGCACUUAAGUGUGAAUCUUUAAAAACAGUUGAACAGACUGUGUCGUCUGAGACAGGGGCUCGGGAUGACUUGUGUUUGUAGCAACUGCACGAUGGAAGCUGUCUGUGUUAUGGAUCUGUGCACGUCUCCACACCCAUUCUCCUUUUUCUGCUCUGCAUGCCCAGAGGGAGUGCACGACUGCUUCCUAGGGUUUCUGCUCAGGUUCACACAGGGAGGUAUGUGUCAGCCCUCCCUCCCUCCUGCUGGCCUACAGACACCCAGAUGGCUGCAGCUCCCUGCUCAUCAGAUGUAAGGGUGUUAACUGCUUCUGGGGGCUUCACCGUCCCUGGUUGGUUUUCUUAAUUGUGAACACAAAUCUGUAAAUAGUCCCUUUAUUAAAUGUUCUUGAGUUAAUAAUUUGAGUGUAACAUUUGUUUUCUGUGACGUGUUAAAUGAUGAACGGUUGACCAAAUUUUGACUAUCAGUUACUGGUCCACGGGGCAUAGACUGACAUCUGUCAAGAUUUCUCACACUCAACACCAGUGUUUUCUCUUUGUGUUUUAAUAAUUCAGUAGAAAUUAUAA